AUGGCCCCCAUCGCCGUCACACCCCCAAACCACAAUGAGACCGUGACCGAUCUCACACAGGAUGGCAUCAAGUCGGCGCUGCUGAAAAAUGCCCCAAGCCAAAUCGACUCAGCAUCCCUCACAAACUCUAUUACUACCACACCACCAAACGAGCUGUCAGGCAAGACCCAGGAUGUUGCCGACGCGCCGCUGGCCGAGCUCGACGCCUCCAAACUCACCUGCACGUACACCAAUGCUUUCCGCACGGUUCCCGAAGUCGGUUCCGCCGAGAUGGCGAGCCAGAAAGUGUGCACCGAUCACAUGGUGCAAGCCAAAUGGACCGUCGAGUCUGGCUGGGAAGCACCCACACUGCAGCCCUACGGCCCACUGUCGCUCGCGCCCACAGCAUCAUGCCUGCACUACGCUACCGAAUGCUUCGAAGGCAUGAAGCUGUACCGCGGCCACGACGGCAAACUACGCCUCUUCCGCCCGGACCUCAACUGCCGCCGCAUGCUCAUGUCGACGAACCGCAUUGCGCUCCCUGCCUUUGACCCGGAGCAGCUCCUCAAGCUCAUUGUCAAGCUUUGCGCUACAGACGGCAAGCGCUGGCUUCCCAAGGACCGCCCCGGCCAGUUCCUCUACAUCCGCCCCACGAUGAUCGCGUCGGACCCCGCGCUGGGCGUCGAGCGACCCAAGGAAGCCCUGCUCUUCGUCAUCCUGUGCUGCUUCGCCCCCAUGGGCGACAUGACGGGCGGCAUCAAGCUGCUCGCAUCCCAAGACGACAUGUGCCGCGCAUGGCCCGGCGGCUUCGGCUACGCCAAAGUCGGCGCAAACUACGGCCCCUCGCUCGUCGCGCAGGGCGAAGCCAGAAAGCGCGGCUACCACCAGAUCCUGUGGCUCUUUGGCGAAGACGCCACCAUCACCGAGGCUGGCGCAAGCAACUUCUUCGUCGUGUGGAAGACCAAAGACGGAAAACUCCAGCUCCUCACCGCAGACUUGAACGAGCGCAUCGUCCUCGACGGCGUCACCCGCCGCUCCAUCCUCGAGCUUGCCCGCGAGAAACUCACAAUUGGCGCCGCUGAGCCCCCCCAGGACCUCGAGCAACUCGACGUCGUAGAGCGCAAGUUCAACAUCUUUGAGAUCGAGGAGGCUGCCCGUGAAGGCCGCAUUGUCGAGGCCUUUGCCGCCGGUACUGCCUGGUUCGUUGCACCUAUUAGCCAGAUCCACUUCCGUGGAAAAGAUAUCAAUGUCCCCAUGGUAAAGGGCAACUCGGGCGCCUACGCGGACUUCUUCAAGAACUCGCUCAGGGGCAUCAUGUGGGGCUGCGAUGGCCUCGAAAGCCAUCCUUGGGGCCGUGUCAUUGACGAGGAGUAG